AUGCACGACACGCCGUCCAAGUUCAUCGAGAUUCUCGAUCCAGAGAACUCUCUUCCACGCUCAGAUUCCGAUGUCCGCUUAGAAGAUGUCCUCGCAGACCACGAAGCCACUAUCGGCGGACGGCCUCGCUCAUCUACCCAGUCCUCCACAAAGCCCAUGGACAAGGGCGGUUUGGCCCGCAUGAACUCGACCUCGCCUACCCAGCGCUGGAAGCGAUUAAGCAACAUCCUGGUGCAACCGCGCCGCAACUCAUAA